GCCGCAUCCAGGCCCUCCCUCCGCCCCGCCAGGGGUCCUUCAGGUAGGAGGUCCUGGGUGACUUUGGGCGUCCGCACUACCUGGGUAGGGAGACUGCUUAGUCUUGACCCCGCAGAUUUGUUUUUCUCCGUUUUGGGCUGUAGACCUUUGCUGCAAACAUGCUCCGCCAGAUCAUCGGUCAGGCCAAGAAGCAUCCUAGCUUGAUCCCCCUUUUCGUGUUUAUUGGAACAGGAGGUACUGGAGCAGCACUGUAUUUAACACGUCUGGCAUUAUUCAAUCCAGAUGUCUGUUGGGACAAGAAGAAUAACCCAGAACCCUGGAACAAACUGGGUCCCAAUGACCAAUACAAGUUCUACUCAGUGAAUGUGGAUUACAGCAAACUGAAGAAAGAAGGUCCAGACUUCUAAGUGAAAUGUUUCACUAUAAAGCUGCUUAGAAUGAAGGUCUUUGAGAAGCCAUCCGCACAAUUUUCCACUUAACCAGGAAAUACUCCUCCUCUAAAUGCAUGAAAUCAUGUUGAUUUAUUGGAGUUUAUUACACAGAUUAAUAAAUCUCUGAAACUUGA